CCCGGCCGGAUUUUAUGAAUGGGCUCUGACGUCAAUGGGGGUCACGUGGGACCGGGCGCGGGUAUAAAGGCGGCGGCGCCGCUGUCCGCGGUCCUGAACGGGAGGAGCUGGCACCGGGACCGGGACCGGGACCGGGCACCGGGAUCCGACACCGGGACCGGCACCGGCAGCAGGCACCGGGACCGGGACCGGGAUCCGCAACCGGGCACCGGGACCGGGAGCAGCCACCGGGACCGGGCACCGGCACCCGCUACUGGGAACCGGGCACCGGGCACCGGGAUCUGCCACCGGGCACCGGCACCGGCACCGGGACCUGGAUCCGCCCCCGGGCACCGGGCACCGGGACCAGGAUCCGCCAACGGCAUCGGGAUCCUCAACCGGGACCGGGAUCCGCCCCUGAGACCGGGCACCGGGAUCGACCCCCGGGACCCACCCCCGGGCACCACCGGGAGCCGCCGUCCCCGGCCCGGGAAGGGAGCGGGGAGCGCCCCGGGACCGUAGCGACCCCCCCCCCCCCGGGAACCGGUAAAUGCCCCCCCCCUGCAAUGGGGUAAAACGGGGAGGGGGCGGCUGCGGGUGUUCCCCCACCCCACCCCCCAGCCCUAACCGUGGGUGGGCGGCGUGUCCCGGCCCUGCGGCACGCGUGGGCUGCGUGUGACGUGUGCGUGGGCGUGAUGUGUGUGGAUGCGUGUGCGU